AUGAACUUCAGCAGGGAUGUGGCCCGGCAAACCAGCUGUUAUACAUAUGUGAUAGAGGAUGAAGAUCCAGCCCUGACAACGUUAAAUAUAUUUGAGUUGGCUGAGAGGGGUGACCUGGCUCACCUGGAGAACCUAGUGAAGAAGAGCCCAGAGGUCCUCAGAAAAGAUGAAUGUGGAGCCAGUCCCCUUCAUCAUGCCGCCGCAGGGGACCACGUCACCCUCAUCCAAUUCAUCACCACUGUCACAGAUGCACAAGCUCUGAACAGCUGUGAUGAGCAGGGCAAUGUGCCCCUUCAUUGGGCAGUGGAGAGGAACAAGGCAGAGAGCUGCAAGGCUCUUUUGGACCUGGGGGCUGACCCAACAUCCUCAAACACUGCCCUCCUGUCCCCCCUGCACUUGGCUGUCAGCCGUGGACACAACAACCUGCUGGGGGUGCUGUUGUCCUACAGCAGUACAGACUGCAAUCUGAAGGGAGACCUCGGAAACACCCCACUGAUGCUCGCUUGCGCCCUUAAUAACUGCGAGGCUCUCAGCAUGUUGUUAAAGCAUGGAGCGAAGCUUUGCCGGCAGAACAAGCUUGGACAUUAUGCCAUGCACACUGCUGCCUUCGCAGGAGCGAAGAAAGCCAUGGAAGUGAUUCUCAAGGCUGGAGAGGAGUUAGGCCACUCAGCUGUGUGCCACAUCAACUAUUUAGACAAAUCCAAGAGCAGUCCCCUCCAUCUGGCUGUACGUGGUGGGAAUAUUGAGACUAUCCGUCUCUGCAUUGCUACUGGGGCCAAAAUUGACCAGCAACAGAACGACAGGUCUACACCGCUUCAUUUGGCCUGCACCCAGGGUGCUCUCGAGGUAGUCAAACUGAUGCUGUCCUCUGUUGAGCGAGUAGAAGACAUCAUCAAUCUCACUGAUGGGGCACAUCAGACGCCACUGCACAGGGCUACAAUAUUUGAUCACAUGGAGCUGGCAGAGUACCUAAUUUCUCUGGGCGCAGACGUUAACAGCACUGAUUGUAAAGGAAACUCUCCCUUGCUGCUGGCUACGAGCUGUGGAGCAUGGAAAACUGUGGCUCUGCUGCUGUCAAAAGGGGUGAAUGUUGACGUGAGGGACACAUGUGGUUGCAACUUUCUUCACCUGGCCAUUCUGCAGCCAAAGGGACUGAAAAACCUCCCAGAAGAAGUGCUGCAGCUUAACAGUGUGAAGGCACUCUUAAGCUGCGAGGAUAAUGAGGGCUGCACCCCACUGCACUACGCCUGCAGACUGGGAAUCCAUGACUCAGUGAAGAACAUGCUGGGCCUCUCGGGGGAACUUGGCCUUGCAUGCAAGUCCAAGGACAAGAAGUCUGCCCUGCACUUUGCUGCUCAGUAUGGCCGCAUCAAUACAUGUCAACGAUUACUAGAGACUAUCACCGACUCUCGCCUGCUAAAUGAAGGUGAUGAGCGGGGCCUGACCCCACUCCAUUUGGCUUCAAAAGAGGGGCACACAAAGGUGGUACAACUGCUGCUGCGCAAAGGAGCUCUCUUUCAUAGUGAUUACAAGGGCUGGACUUGUCUGCACCAUGCUGCAUCGGAAGGAUACACACAAACGAUGGAUAUCCUACUAUCAGCCAAUCUCAAACUACUGGAUAAAACAGAUGAGGAUGGGAACACUGCACUCCACAUCGCAUCGAGAGGUGGACAUGUGGCCGCGGUCAGACUUUUGCUGGCUAGGGGGGCGGAGAUGGUCUUAAACAAGAAUCAUACAUCGUUCCUCCAUGAAGCUCUGCAGAAUGGGAAAAAAGAUGUGGUCAAUGCUAUAAUUGACAGUGACAGGUGUGCUGAAGCUUUGAGCCUGUUCACUCCUGGUACUAGCCAGCGAUGCCCCAUACUAGACAUGAUUGAGUUUCUGCCUGAAACCUACAAGCAUCUUUUGGACCGCUGUGUGAGAGAAUCCGAUGAUGACCACAACAGCCCUGAUUACCAUAUUGAAUAUGAUUUCAGAUGGCUCCAAGCUCCGCUUGAGGGGAACAGACAGACUUACAAUGCAAAUAAAAUCCAGCCACUAGCUGCACUCAACGCCAUGGUGCAGUACAACCGCAUCGAGCUCCUCAACCAUCCUGUCUGCAAAAAGUAUCUGGCAAUGAAGUGGGUUGCUUAUGGGAGCAUAGCUCAUGUGCUCAACAUGUUUCUGUAUCUGCUGGGGCUACUGCCUUUAACUCACCUUAUAGUGGUGCUGAGACCCUCUGUGAACAUUACAAACACGAGCGAGCAGAGUAUCAUCAUGGUUCCCGUAUCGUUCUCAGAGCAAAGUGUGUCCUUGUCCUUCUGCAUGGUGAUGGUCUUGGUCAUGAACAUCUACUCAAUAGGAAAAGAAGUGGUGCAGAUAUCACAGCAGCGCUGGAAAUACUUCAUGGAUUAUUCCAACCAGAGCGACUGGAUUUCAGCCAUCUUCUCUAUACUGUUCGUCGUCCCCCUCAUGCUCAAUGCAGAGGGUUCUUUACACUGGCAAGCGGGGGCCAUAGCAGUUUUAAAUUCCUGGGUUGGAUUUCUCCUUUAUCUCCAGAGGUUUGAUGGCAUUGGCAUCUAUGUUGUGAUGUUUGGGGAGAUUAUGAAGACACUGGUUCGCAUUGUAUUGCUGUUCUUCUACCUGAUGUUAGCAUUCAGCUUGGCGUUCCAUGCCCUGAUGCUUAAUCAGAGAGAGUUUAACAGCGUGCCGCUCUCUGUGAUACAAACCUUUGUGAUGAUGGUCGGGGAACUGAACUACCAGAAUAACUUCCUGGAUGAGUAUCUGAAUCAUCAGCUGCCUUUUGGUAUCCUGACAUACUUCAUUUUUGUGGUCUUUGUUCUGCUCAUGCCAAUACUGCUCGUGAACCUGAUGAUCGGUUUGGCCGUUGGAGAUAUUGCUGAGGUUCAAAGAAAUGCUGCCCUGAAACGUAUAGCCAUGCAGAUCGACCUCCACACCGCUCUGGAAGAUAAGCUCCCUUACUGGUUUAUGAAACGAGUUGACAAAAACUCUAUUACCAUCUACCCCAAUCUCAGGUGUUCCAAGCACUUUCUAAAGAAACUUUUCUAUGGUGAAGAGGAAACAAAUGAAGUCUGGAAUCAUCUGCAAGCCAAAUCAAAGGCCUGCACUUUGAUUGAGAAUGAGCUCAGAAAGCAGAAGACGAGAAUGAAAGAGAUGUCAUGCCUGCUGGAGAAGCAGCACUGCCUCGUGAAGCUCAUCAUCCAGAAAAUGGAGAUCACCUCUGAGGCUGACGAAUAUGAUGGCCCUGUAAACAUCAGACGCAGCAUGUGGCCCACCUUAGGUCAGGCUAAGCCAGGUAGACAGACUACAUCUCGGUGGGUCCCACUAAUGAAAGCCAUCGAGUCGAGACGAAAAUGAAGACGAUAAAACAAACAACAGCAACAA